AUGUCCUCGUUGACGCGCAGCCCGAUCUUCAUCGAUGCCUCGUACACGCGCAGGUUCUCGUCUCGAAUCACCGGGAACCGGUUCGAGUACUGCUCGCAAACCAACUCGAAGUCGGUAUUCCCCGUGCUGAUCGUGGACGCUUCGUCGUGCGAAUCUUCAUACGGAGUCCCUAUGAGCUCGUUGGAGCGUGGGUCCACCACAGGUAGUUCCCUGUUGGGUCUCACAACUCCAAAAGCGCAUGCGACUCUGGCUCAAUCGUCUCGUUGUCCUGGUCGCCGUCGCUGGAGGCCUCCAGGUCCAGGAACCGCAGCUCUCUGUGCGACCUUUAUCGUGGGGCAGCUGCUCGUGCUCGAGAUGGCAGUCCGAAUACCAAUGGGUGUAGCUUGGUCUGCGGUUCAACAGCACCCCCAAAUAGUCAUUGUGAAGAUAAUAAUCGGUAUUCAGAUCCCAGAGCAUUGGGAGUCCUUUUUCGUAGACGUAGUUACCCAGAAACAGGUUGAUGGCUUCCUGACGCUGGGCGUCGACAAACGAGUUGCUGUAAAAUCGUUUCACGCUCUCUAUCAUGUCGCGCGAAUGCGACGUCCACUGGUUGAUCUUCCGGUACGUUUGCAAAGUGUUGACGAGAUGCGACCCGCCGUACUGCAACGCAAUGGUGUCUCCGUGGUCGUGGAACAUUUCUGUAAGGAUGUUGAUAGCGUCCGAGUCGUACUCGAGGUAUUUUUCCUUGAUGAGCCCGAGAGCGUGCAACUGGUGACCCAACGCGCGCUUGCCAAUCACAAACUGCGCUGUGUUGGUUCUGUCGAGACAGUCGAUGCAGUUUGUGCGACACACUCCGUACUGGAGCUUUGUGUCGCCGAGAGUCUGGCCGUUGUGGAAGAACCCGGUGGUCUCGAGCGUGCGAGCAGCGUAGUUCUCCAGCCAUUCAAUCACGUCCUGGCCCCGGUUCUUGGACGCCCGCGACAUGUCCCAGGCCGUGUAGUCGAGCUUGUCGUCUUUCGGAAGAAACUUGUUGAGAUACUCGAUGCAGUCUUCGAACGCGCGCAGCAGCUUUGUUUCGCGCGGCGUCUUCUCGCGCUGCUUGAUGAGGUUCAGGAUCUGCACGGGAGCACCGUACCGUUCAAACAGGUUGUCGAAAUGCAGAGCAGAGGUGGUGUAGAACGGGUCUACGACGUUGAUCUCGAUCGGCGGCUUGGUGAUCCGGAUAUUGGGCGCGGUUUCCUGCGACCACGACAGCGGGAUCGACCCGCGGUGCUGCACAAACGACGUGUAGCGCGGAUUAUUGUAGAACCCUGCCGCUGGGUCGUGGAACGACGUUGUGAGCAUGUCGCUAACAAUCUGCUCUGUUUCGACCUCGUUUGCCACGUCGCCGCGAUCGUUGACUCCUCGUUUGAAGAACCGGGCCCCAGCAAAAUGGUGCGACCGUCUGGCUAUGAUGGUGACGUAAACUUGCACGUCAAAGAUGGAAAUGUCUACCUGGUCAAUAAACCCGUGGAUAAUCGGUUGGAACCAGUCGUACACCCUGUCGAACGACUCAAACACGGGCUUGAGCAGAAACGAGUUCCAAACGAACCGGUCAUGGUACUCAAACGUCUUGACCAGGUCCUUUUUGUUCAACCCAAGCGACUGUUUCUUGUUGCGCAGAAAAUUCACCUGCAAAGUGUUGGUCAGGUCGUAGUUAUAGCUGUAGUAGAACGUCUUGCCCAGAUCGAUGUUCUGGAACGUCGAGAUCACGUCGAUGGCGUUGUUGUCAGAGUCGAUGACGAUGAUGUCGCCGUCCUUGACCAGUCCGAUAGGGCCUCCCUCGACGGCUUCAGGCACAAUGUGGCCAAUCAGGAAUCCGUGCGAGCCACCAGAGAAACGGCCGUCGGUGAGAAGAGCAACGUCUUUUCCGAGUCCGCAAUGGCGUUCUCAAAGGCCGGCUUGGUCAUGAUGUCCAGCGGAGUCAGGCCGGACCGAAGCAGCGUCUUCAUGGACUCGCCGAUGUUGUCGCACUCGGCGCCCUUCUCUGCCGACACGGCGGGCGACGAGGACGAUCCCGGCAGCGACAUGCCCAUCACCUCGGCCGCAGAGGCCAUGGUAUUGGCGGUGUACAUUCCUCCACAAGAUCCUGGUCCAGGACACGAGUUCCGCACAAUGUCCUGUCUCUGCUCCUCGUUGAUCGACUUGCUCAGGUACUGGCCGUACGACUGGAACGCAGAAACCACGUCCAGCGUCUUGGGCACUCCGGCACAGGUUCCGGAGCCGGGCAAAAUGGUUCCUCCAGUACCGCAUACCGGUGGUUCCCAUACUGAUACCGUCGGAAACACCAAUCGUGUUGAACUGCAUGGCUUUCAGGCCGGCCUUUUCCACGGCCUUGCUACACCGGUUGUUCAGGUCCAUCAGGUGGAUAUUGCACGGGUUUCCCGUCCACCACACCGACCCAACACCAACCUGGCCCUUGGCAAAGUCCUCGUCCUUGAAUCCGGUAGCAUACAACAUGGCCUGCGAAGCACCCUGCGACUUGGACGUGGUCAAAAUCGAGGAACUCGGUCUAUAAAUGGUGUCUCCACAGCCGCAACUGUUAAGAUGUGUCUUUGCAAAUCCAACCCACAUUUGCAGUCGGCUGUCGAUCCCGCCUUUGCUCAACUUCUGCGUGAUGAUCCGAGGAACAGGCACCAGCUCAGUACCCCCACGCACGUACCCCUUGCCCUGUCUCGAGAACGUGGAAUAAUUGAUAUUGUCCUGCAACUUUUCGCACUUUCCGUUGUCCAGGUUGCACCGGAAAACAACCAGCGGAUCAAUUGUGUACAAGAACUGAACGUAUCCAGAGGUCUUGGGAGAGUCUCCGACUCUGACUGUGUCGAAAAAGGGCGUCCAAUUCUUCUCUGUGGACAGCUUGGCGCUCGUGUUGAUCCCAGAUGCCUUGAAUUGCACAACGUCCAGUUUCUUGGUCUUCGGAUUAGGCUUCCGCAAAGGGAAAACAGCGUUCAUUGUCCGUUUCGAGUCCACAAGCAUGUUGAAAAAGAUCACCGGCUCCUGCACAAACUCACCAUCCUUGAACAAAAUCCGAGGGUCCUCAGGGCCCAACAUCUCCUUGGAGUUCACCUUGGGAUCGAAUGGAACGUCCAGCACAGUAGGGAACUUGAGAGAGAUCCGGUCCAGCAGCGAAUCGUCUUGAGCUUCGUUGUAGUCUCUAAGCACGCCAUCGAUUUCCUGUUUGGUGAUAUCGUUGUAACGGAUCCGUCUUCCGAGAAUUUCAUUCCACUGAGCAUCGAAUAA